CUUCUGCUUCUCUGAAAUAUAGUCCCAAUUUUUUUUUAGCUCAUUUGUGUUGUGUUUUCUUAUUCGUCUCUCUCACAUUAGUGCAAAGAACAGACAAGUCCAGUGCCCAACUUCACCAUCAAAAUUUAACCUUUCAAAAGACAAGUGUUUAUAUUGUCUCUAAAUAAGUUUGAGUAGCUAACUGACAAAUUAUGUUAAGUUUAAGGGGUUAUCUAGGUAUUUAGCCAAUGAGGAAUAACUAGUGGAAUUUAAAAACUGAUAAUUUUACUGUAAGAAACAGGAGGUAUAAACAUAUAUUGCAAAUGAAGGGAAAGUUAGGGCACUAAAGCAGUAUGGGUUCAACCUCUCAGCAUAUGAAUCUAUUAUAUCUUUAAACUUAUGGGUUCAGAACUACCAUUUGUUGCUAUUUGAUGAAUUUUUGUACACAAAUUUAUGUUCCAAGUCGUAAAUUAUGGGUUCAGAUCAACCCAUGGCCGCUACUCUACAUCCCCCCCUGCACUAAAGGGCGGGCUCAUGAAUUCGACAUGUUAAUGCUGAAAUGGUGUAAUUGACAGUGACCUUAGACCAAGGCGGUGGUUGCGAAUGGGGUACCCGAAAUGGAAUCUCUAGUUUGUUUGCACAGAAGAAGAAUGUCUUGAAUCCAUAUUUUUGGCAAAUGAUUAGAGAAAUUAUCAAGUUCAAGCAGGAUGUCAUAAGUUACCUUGAAGCACUUGACAACAAUCCUGACAUUGAUUGCGAUGAAACAUUAUGGCAAUUUAUUAAGUCAAAUGGCUGUUCGGAGUUAUUUCUGAAGGCUUAUCUGAUUCCAAUAUGUUCUUCUAUCUGGUCCUGUCCCUUAGAAGGAGUAAUGGGAUUUUCUGCUUAUUCCAUUCUUUCAGUCUUCCGCGACCACCAUCUUCUUCAGCUCUUUGGUCUCUCUCAGUUGCUCACUGUAAGAUGGGGAUCACAUACAUCUGUAAACAAGGUUAAGGAGGAGCUGGAGAAGAGAGGCUGCCAAAUAAGAACUGAUUGUGAAGUAAAUUCUGUAUCGACAGAUGGAGAAGGUUGUACCAUAGCUUGCAAUGAUGGUGCCAAAGAAGUAUAUGAUGGAUGCAUAAUGGCUGCACAUGCUCCGGAUACUCUGAGAAUGUUAGGCAAAGAGGCAACAUGUGAUGAAACAAGAAUUCUGGGUGCUUUCCAGUAUAGCUAUAGCGAUAUUUUCCUUCAUCGUGACAAAACAUUCCUGCCUCGCGACCCAGCUGCAUGGAGUGCUUUGAACUUUCUUGGAACUACGAAAAAUAGAGGACGCAUGACAUAUUGGCUCAAUGUAAUCCAGAAUCUUGGUGACUCAAAGCUGCCUUAUCUCGUAACCGUCGAUCCUCCUCACACACCAGAGCAUAUAUUGCUUAAGUGGACAACAGGCCACCCAGUCCCCUCAAUUGCUGCAUCAAAAGCUUCACGUGAGCUAGAUCAAAUCCAAGGGAAGAGAGGAAUAUGGUUUUGUGGAGGAUAUCAAGGCUAUGGCUUCCAUGAGGAUGGACUAAAGGUGGGUGUGGCUGCUGCAGAUGGCGUGCUUAGAAGGAAUUGUAGUAUUCUGGACAACUCCAAGCACAUGGUACCAACCUGGCCUGAAACAGGAGCACGCCUCGUUGUUACAAGAUUUUUCAGAAGUUUCAUUAAAACAGGAUGCAUAAUCUUGUUUGAAGGAGGUACAGUCUUCACCUUCCAAGGAACAGAGAGGAAAUGCUCUCUGAAAGUUUCUCUUAGAAUUCAUGGUCCACAGUUUUACUGGAAGAUUGCAACUGAAGCUGAAAUAGGCCUUGCUGAUGCUUUUAUUCAUGGGGAUUUCUCUUUUGUUGACAAGAAUGAAGGUCUUCUUAAUCUUAUCAUGAUAUUUGUUGCCAACAGUGAUUUGAAAGCGUCAGUUACAAGUUCUAGCAAGAAAAGAGGCUGGUGGACACCAUUCCUUUUUACAGCAGCACUGCCAUCUGCAAAGUAUUUCAUUCAACAUGUUUUGAAUCAAAACACCCUGACUCAGGCUCGUCGGAAUAUCUCCCGCCAUUAUGACCUGAGUAAUGAACUCUUCUCACUCUUUCUGGAUGGGACAAUGACAUACUCAUGUGCAAUAUUCAAGAGUGAGGAUGAAGACCUAAAAGAUGCACAACUGAGAAAGAUUUCUGUUCUCAUUAGAAAGGCAAAAAUUAGCAAGGAACAUCACAUUUUAGAGAUUGGAUUUGGUUGGGGAAGUUUUGCUGUGGAAGUUGUCAAGCAAACAGGAUGUAAAUAUACUGGUAUAACUCUCUCCGAGCAGCAACUGGAGUAUGCACAGUUGAUAGUUGAGCAAGCAGGCCUUCAGGAUCGAAUUACCUUUCUCCUAUGCGACUAUCGUCAAAUGCCAAAUAAGGACAAAUAUCACAGGAUUAUAUCAAUCGAGAUGAUAGAACAUGUUGGUCAUGAGUUUAUGGAUGAAUUCUUUACUUGCUGCGAGUCUGCAUUGGCAGAAGAUGGGCUUCUAGUUGUGCAGUUCACUUCAGUGCCAGAUGAGAGGUAUGACGAAUACAGGCAUAGCAUAGGCUUCAUAAAAGAGUAUAUAUUCCCAGGUGGAUGCUUGCCUGCACUAAAUCGAGUAACAUCAGCCAUGGCUUCUGCAUCCAGACUAUGUGUAAACCACCUGGAAGAGAUAGGAAUUCACUACUAUCAGACACUGAGAUGUUGGCGGGAUAACUUCCUGAAAAAUCAAAGCCAAAUUUGUGUUUUGGGAUUCGACGACAAGUUCAUCAGGACAUGGGAGUACUACUUUGACUACUGUGCUGCUGGGUUCAAAACGCGCGCAAUAGGAAAUUAUCAGAUUGUAUUUUCAAGGCCAGGGAAUAUUGCAGCAUUUGGUGAUCCUUACAGUGCAGUGCCUUCAGCUUCUUAGAGUUUCUUUGUUUGGAAUAUUCGAACUUUGUCUUUGCAAAUAAAUUGACUCCUCAAAAAUACAACAAUAAAAACUUAAUCAAGUCACGUGUAAUUGGCUCAUACCUCUAGUUCUCUCUUUUGUAAUCUUUGGACUUUUUUCAGUUACCAAUUAAAAGUUAUUGAGGAGUUUUCAUAAAGCAUUACAGUUUAGAGUUUAAUUACCAUACGUAAUUGUAGUUUGCUUAAUUA